AUGCCAAAUCUCCACGCAUCCCGAAAAACAGUGUUGGGGUCGCUUGGCGCUGCUCUAGCGCUUUAUCAUAAGAACUAUGGAGGUGGGAGACUAAGUGAUUUUGUCAACGCCACUUACUCAUUCAAGUUCAAGUUCACCCACUUUGUCGUGAUAGCUGUCUUUGUGUUCGCCAACUUUGUAAAAUGGGCUAUCUUUGGUAAAUUGACCGCCAGUGAGGUGAGGAUUCUAAAGAAUAAGGCUGGUUACACCGCUUGGGAAUUCGUGUUUGGUCUACUUGUCUUCUAUAAUACCACAUCGAGCUUUUUUGAUAUCCAGAAGGAAGUGUUAAAGUAUGCCCUACUAUUUUUUUGCGUGUUGCUCGUAAAGUAUUUCCAUUAUUUGACUUCAGAUAGGGUCCAUACGCUAUAUUGCAACCCGGAGGUGAUCCAAGCCACAUUUACUGGAAGACAUAUCCAGCUACGACUUGUUCUGGGCAUUCUUCUUAUAUUAUUAAUUGAGGGGCUUCUCAUAUUUCAGUAUUUUCAGGACAUAAUCAUGAAGAAUCAUCUGAGUGAAAACGUCUUGGUGACAAUUUUUGGAUUCGAAAUCAUAAACCAGUCGCCUUUGACCUUUGUCACACUUCUACAGUUUAUUCUUAACCUGAUAGAGUCUAAAAAGGGUCCCCAGAACCUGGAGGCUUUUAAAAAGCGCAAACUACGAAUUAUGUUUGUGGCAGAAUUCAUCUUAAAUGUCCUCCGUUUCGUCAUGUCUUGCAUCUUCACUUUAAUUUUCAUGUAUUAUUACACUUUUCCCAUCCACACUAUUCCUUCAUCCUAUGACAGCUUAAAAGUUGCAGUGAUCAAAACGAGAAAUCUUGUCAACUUUCGCAAGAAGGAGCUUAUGAUACAAAGACUUCAGAAGCCAACAAAGGCUACCCUCAAGCAUAAAUGUAUUAUUUGCUACGAGGAUCUUGCUAUGACCCCUGUGACAAACGUCAGAAGAGUGCAGCCGUGCGGUCACGGCUUUCAUCUUGACUGUUUACUUCGAUGGCUUGAGCUAUCACCCACUUGCCCUGUAUGUCGCAAGAAAAUAUAG